AUGGAGGACAACGGCCGUGGCGAAAGUUUGUGCAAAGUUUGCGGCGACAAGGCGUCUGGCAAGCACUACGGGGUGCCGAGUUGCGACGGGUGCCGCGGCUUUUUCAAGCGGUCGAUCCGCAGGUAUGCAAGAAACCUCGAUUACGUUUGCAAGGAGAACGGUCGCUGUAUCGUGGACGUUUCUCGGCGCAAUCAGUGCCAGGCAUGCCGGUUCACCAAGUGCCUGCAGGUCAACAUGAAACGAGAUGCGGUGCAGCACGAGAGAGCUCCACGGAAUACGUCGUCCCUGGUCGCGGCGGCGAGAAGAGGCCCCUCGGGACUGUACCCUGCGAUCCCGCACGUUUACCACGCGGCGAGCAAUCCUUAUCAUCCUCUUCUGUAUCCUGCGCUGUUCCCCUUCAAGCCGACAAUGUCGGUUUUCACGCCAUCGGUCGCGCACUUUCUGCCACGCUCGCCGACAGAGCCGCUGACUGUAAACACGGCGAAAGAGGACGAGGUGACGAGCUCCGAGGAAGCUGGACCGAUCGAAGCGAGAAUCGAACCGAAGGAGGAGUUGACGAGUACUCGGCUGGCACCGGCCAUCGCCAACUCUGGUUCCGCGGACUACAACGUGUCCAGUUUCUCUAUUUUACCGACGGAGAAUAUUUACGAAUUUGCGGCGAAGCUGCUGUUCUUCGCUGUCAGAUGGGCGAGAAGCAUCCACUCGUUCUUACAACUGCCCUACAGGGACCAGACUAUUCUACUGGAGGAGUCCUGGAGCGAGCUUUUCGUGCUGACCGCCGCGCAGUGGAAUUUCCCGGUCGAAGAGUCCGCCCUGAUACCGAACGAUUUGCCGCCCGAGAGGAAGGAAACGCUGGUCGAGGAAGUGAGGAAGCUGAGGGAGUUACUGGCAAAGUGUGCCCUCCUCAGGGUCGAUCAUUCCGAAUACGCUUGCUUGAAGGCCAUAGUCCUCUUCAAAGGAGAGUCGCGAGGAUUGUGCGAGCCAGGACGAAUAGCAGCGUUGCAAGAACAAACGGUGACUGUAUUCUGCGAGAGGGAGGCACGAAGGGUUGGACGACUUUUGCUGCUGUUACCACCUGCGCGUGCACUCUGUCGAUCAACCUUGCAAGAACUGUUGUUCAAGCCGACGGUAGGGGAUGUGAGCGUGGAACGACUGCUGGGCGACAUGGUGAGCGCGCUCAGACCGACGUAACGCCAGUCCCACUCGGUCGAUACGAUGGAAUUUUGAUCGAGAAGCCGCCAACUUUUGCCAACAACUGCCCCAAAUACGAACGACCGCGAACUUUUCGGAUCAUCGAUCCUGCAAUCGU